AUGUCUGCUUCUUUGAGAUUCACCCGAAGGGUAUGGAAAUCAUUCAUAGACAACAAAGGACAUGAUGCUCAGUGUUUUCCAAAUCUUGUCAUUCACCGCGCAAUCCCCGGAACAGUUGAUUUUUCACUGAAGAUAGAUCAAUCUAAUUUAAACAGAGUCGGGACCGUGCACGGCGGCCUAAUCCUGUCGCUGACUGAUACCCUUGGCUCCCUCGCUGUUGCAAGCAAAGGUCACUACAUGACCGGCGUUUCUACAGAUAUUGGUGCAUCCUUUGUACGACCUGCAGGCAGGACAGGCGAUACCCUUCAUGCACGAGCCACACUUACUGCCAUGGGGAAAUCCUUGGCCUAUACUCGUGUAGAUUUUACCAAUUCUGUAGGCGAUUUAGUGGCGUAUGGAUAUCACACGAAAUAUGUUGGGAAAUCGUCGUCUGACCCUAACAACGUGAAGUUUUCGGAAGAUGGCGAACAAGUAAUAGAGGGGAACGACGUUGACUGA